AUGCGGUUUUGCAUCCAUGCGCUGCAGAUGCUCAAAUAUCAUGAUUCCUUGGUCAGCUUGAAGGGUCUCUUAGGCCUGCUAGAAAUGACCGGAUUGAAUAUCGAGCGUGAUUAUCUGUUGGAAGUGGCUUGCAUAAUCACUGAAGGCAACAAGAAACUAUCGGUUGUCGAAGAAUUACCUAGUUUGGUGAUCCACCAACCAGAUGAAAUCGUUGAGUCUAUGGACAGCUGGUGUAAGCUGCACCACUCAAAGUCAGGUUUGAUCAAAGCUGUUCAAGAAAGUACUUUGACGGUCGAAAAAGCGGAAGACAUUCUCAUUAAGUUCAUUCAGAAGCACACUCCAGCCGAAAAGUGUCCUUUGGCAGGCAACUCCGUACAUCUAGAUAAAGUCUUCUUGACCAAGUUUAUGCCGAGAGUGGUGAAUCAUCUCCAUUACCGUAUUAUUGAUGUCAGUUCCUUGAAGGAGUUAUGUCGGUAG